AUGUCCACGACGUCUUCGCCCGUUGCCGCUCCUCCGUGCCUCAAGACGCCCCGAUCGGUGCAGUGCCUGGCCUUGUCGCCUCGCAAACGCAAGUUGAGCGCUACUGAGGCGGCCUCCCCCACGUCCCUGGACGAGGUGGCCACCAAUGGCAAGUGCAAGUGCAAGACGCUCGGGGAGCACGGGAUCUCGCCCAAGAAAAAGAUCAAGGUCGAAGACCGAGGCAGCCACAGCCACACCAGCAGCUGUGACCUGCUCAAGUGGGAGAGCCACGUCGUGCCUGGCACUGUCGCCAGUGCUCUGGAUCUGGACGCCAUGGAGAUGGCUGAACCCAUUUCGCUCUUGGCGGAGCCAGCAGGCGACCUCCCGUCGGACGAUUUGGAGCUGUUGUGUCGCUUCUUGGCCUGA